AUGCAGAACCAACAACAGCAACAACAACAACAGCGCCAGCAAUUGCUGCAGCAGCUCCAACAACAGCAACAGCAACAACAGCAAAUGCAGCAACAACAACAACACCUUCAACUUCAACAGCAACAGCAACUUCAACUGCAGCAGCAACAACAACAACAGGAUCAGCAACAGGCCCAGCAACAGGCCCAGCUCAAUCUGGGUUGGCGGGCAACACUCUCAAAUGAGGACCGCCUUAACCUCAUCAAGAGACUUUCUGACUCUCUCAAGGCCCUCUCGCCGACUAUUGCGGACGCAAAGAUUGUCGAGCUGGCCAAGACGUUUGAGAAUGUCACCUACCAACGCUCGCCCAACAAGAGUGAAUACCUCAAAGCCUACACCAGGAAGCUUCAACAGAUUCGGUUCCAGAUUACAGAGCAGCAACAAGCCGCCGGUGGUUCACCCAUUGUCGGCUCACCCCAAUCACAAGUGGCCAUGGCAUCGACACCAACCCUGAUUCAACAAUCCAUCCCCCAAGGCGCCGCCGUCACUCCUCAACAGCAAGCACAGGCCAUCCAUAUGAUGCAGCAACGAAUGUUCCAACAGCAGCAGCAGCAACAGCAGCAACAACAAGUGCCACAAUCACAACAGCAGCAACAAAUACCUCAACCACAGCAGCUCCAACAGCAACAAGUACCUCAACAACCCCAGCAACAGCAGCAGCAGCAAGUUCCGCAACAGCAGUCUCCAUUCCAACAACAGCAACAACCUCUCCAGACUAAUCAUCAACAGCAAAUGUUCAAGCAACAAGGCGUACCUUACCAACAACAACAACCGCCACAACAACAGUUACCAACGCAACCACAGCAACAGCAACAACCCCCACCAACGCAACCACAGCAACAGCUCCCAACACAACCACAGCAGCAACAACUUCAACAACUCCUACAUAAUCAGCAGGCCAAGUUAAUCCAGCAACAACAACUUCAGCAGCAACAACUGCAGCAGUCGCCGCAGUCCCAAGCUCUCUCUGCUGCGCCCUCUAACGGAAUGGUCCCUCAAGUCAACGCGCAGAUGCAGGUCAAUCAAACCACGCCACAGCAACGGCCUAUUCAAACCACAGUGCCAGGAAGGAACGACUCACUCUUGAUGCUUCACCAACACAACCAAAAAGUACAGCAGGAUCGCCAAGCGCAGUCCCAGGCACAUAUCUCCUUGCUUCAACAACAACAACAGCAUCAACUUCAGCAGCAGCAGCAGGCACAGCAACAGGCACAGCAGCAGGCACAACAACAGGCACAGCAGCAGGCACAAGCACAACAGCAACAAGCACAGCAGCAGCAGCAGCAGAUGCAACAGCACAAUGCUCAGUUAUUCCAACAGCAACACCAACAGCAGCAGCAACAACACGUGCAGCAACAACAACAAGCCUCGCAGCCGAACGUCAUACCAGGCGCCCCAACAGCCACAGCAUCUAACCAGGACGCCACACAUACUAUCCCACCACAGGGACUCGUUCAUAAUGCUCUUCCUAUUCCGGGGCAACCAGGGGCAACCCCUGCACGUAUGCCCAUCACUAACGCUUCGAGGAUACAAGCAGCGGCAGAAGUGCAGAACAUGGUCGGGAGAAUUCAAGCCAGUCGAGCUCCUCCCAAUAUCCUUGGUGAUCUCUCGCCCGAGCAGAAGCAGUCCGUCAAGGAGCAGAUGAAUCAGAUGAUGCCAAUCGACAGCUCGGCUCAUCUUAAUGGUAAGUCAGGCCGUCUCAUUCAAGUCGUGUUCAUUCGCAAAUACAUGUUCCAAGACCAGCUGGACUCUCUCAAACAUGAGCAGUACACCAUUACACCCGAGAAUCUCGGCAGGCUCAAGGACAGGUUGCAGUACUAUUUUAUAUGGGUCAAAACGGAGAUGGCGUCGGCGAACCCCACUAGCCCAGCCGCACAAGCACCCGGCAAUGUCGCACACAUGGCUCAGCCAUCCGCCCUUGGAGCAGCACCGACACAACCGGCGAAUUCUGGAGCUAUGGAAGGAAUGAACGCUUCUGUGGCGGCGGAUGUGGCUGGAGUGAACGGGAUCGGCUCAACAACGACUACAACAUAUACCAGCGCGCCCACCGAUGCAGCACCCAUCCCUACCAAUCAUUCAACCCCAACUUUAGCCAAUGCCCCAGCUGCCCCUCCAUCAGCACAAGGCGUCCCUGGCAUGGUUGUGAAGGUUGGACUGACACCUGCGGAUUUGAAACUACCACCGCCAAAGAAAACCAACAACUCGCCACCCAACUCUUCCUUUCCAGGAUCCCCUCGAUCUGAAGCAGGAACACCUUCGACCCCCAACCUCGGCCUUGCACGUCCGGGGGCGCCUGGCAACAAUCAUGGCUCCACUCCCAAACACGGCAAAGCAGUGCCCUCCACACCUGCUGCUCCACUUGUUGACCAGCAACCAAGUUCUACACUGACAGCUCAAGAAACCGUUUCACCAACUAUCUCCAAAGCUGCUGAUGGAUCUAACAUGACCUCCUCGCAGCUUCUGUUGAAGUCUCGUCAGUUGCAGCAACAGCAAGCACUGAUACAACAGCAACAACAACAAAAACAACAGCAACAGCAACAACAACAGCAACAGCAACAGCAGCAGCAGCAGCAGCAACAACAAGUCCCCCAGAUAAUUCAGUCGCAGCAGAAUCAGCAGCAGUCUCAACAGCUUGUACCGCAGCAACCGGGACUGUCGACAACCCCUCAACAGCAGUACUCGCCUCUGACUUUACCCACCAAUAGCCCCGCUAGGCAGGUCGCCACUCAAGUGGAAUCAUUAUCGAAGGAAGAGCUGAUCCGACAAUUCCAAGUGUUCAAGACGGCGCUCUCAGGUGCUACUCCGUUACCCCCGAAUCAGGCUAUUAUGCUGAAGGUGCAACUGCAGCGAAUCCAAGCUGAACUGACCAAGCCGCACAGACAGGAACAAAUGCCGCGUCUCGGAGAUGGGGUUCCGCCAUCAAAUGGAAUCUCAGGCAACCCGGGAGCUUCUACACUGCCCCCAACCGCCGCCGUCUCUCCUAGCGACCACCAGCUCUCUGUCUGGCCCGUGUGGAUGACGCAGGUCCGUUACAGGAUGGCGCAGGAGACUCUUCGCCGAUAUUUCGAAAUGCCUUUGAAGGCUUUGUUGGGAAGCGGGUAG